AUGAAGAAGCGGCGCAGGUACCUCAACUGCGAGAAAAGCUUGCAGAAGUUGAGGCCCAAAGUGCUUCAGCCAGAGCUGCAGCAGAGCAACAUGAGCAAGAGCUGCAUAGUCUCAGAGCAGAAGCAGCACAGGUGCAGCAGCUCAAAGACAAGCUUGCAGAACUUGAGCAGCAGGCCCAAAGUGCUUCAGCCAGAGCUGCAGCAGAGCAACAUGAGCAAGAGCUGCAUAGCUCAAAGUGCUGCCUCUGCUGAUGCUGAUGUCGCCGCAGAGCAAUAUCGGCUGGAGAUUGAGCGGCUGAAAGAAGAAGCGGCGCAGGUACCUCAACUGCGCCAGAAGCUUGCUGAAGUUGAGGCCCAAAGUUCUUCAGCCACUGCUUCAGCUAAUGCCGCAGCAGAGCAGCAUCAGCAGGAACUGGAGAGUCUCAGAGCAGAAGCAGCGCAGGUGCAGCAACUCAAAGACCAGCUUGCAGAACUUGAGGCUCAAAGUGCUGCCUCUGCUGAUGCUGAUGUCGCCGCAGAGCAAUAUCGGCUGGAGAUUGAGCAGCUGAAAGAAGAAGCGGCGCAGGUACCUCAGCUGCGGGAGAAGCUUGCUGAAGUUGAGGCCCAAAGUGCUUCAGCCACUGCUUCAGCUAAUUCCGCAGCAGAGCAGCACCAGCAGGAACUGGAGAGUCUCAGAGCAGAAGCAGCGCAGGUGCAGCAGCUCAAAGACCAGCUUGCAGAACUUGAGGCAAAAUGUGCUGCCUCUGCUGAUGCUGAUGUCGCCGCAGAGCAAUAUCGGCUGGAGAUUGAGCGGCUAAAAGAGGAAGCGGCGCAGGUACCUCAACUGCGGGAGAAGCUUGCUGAAGUUGAGGCCCAAAGUGCUUCAGCCACUGCUUCAGCUAAUUCCGCAGCAGAGCAGCAUCUGCAGGAACUGGAGAGUCUCAGAGCAGAAGCAGCGCAGGUGCAGCAGCUCCGCGACAAACUUGCUGAACUGGAGGCUCAAAGUGCUGCCUCUGCUGGUGCUGCGGAGCAACACCAGCAAGAGAUAGAGCACCUCAAAGCGGAGGCAGCCCAGGUGCUUCAACUGCGCGAAACACUGGCGGAAGUUGAGGCCCAGAGUGCUUCAAGUGAUGCCAUGGUACAGCAGCUCAGAGACAAGCUUGCUGAAGUGGAGGCGCAGAGCGCCUCUGCUUCUGCUGCUGGUGAGCAAUACCAGCAAGACAUAGAGCGCCUCAAAGCGGAAGCAGCGCAGGUGCCUCCAUUGCGGGAGAAGCUGGCGGAGCUAGAGGCGCAAAGUGCUGCAGCUGGUUCUGCCGCGGAGCAGCAGCGCCAUGAGAUUGACAGUCUCAAAGCAGAAGCAGUGCAGGUGCCGGAGCUGAAGGAGAAGCUAGCGAAAGCGGAGGCCAUGGGCGAAGCGGCCAGAGAGGCUGCAGCUCAGGCAGUGAAGAAGCAGAAGGAGGCGGAGCGGGUGCGUUCGGCGGAGGCCCAGGCCUGGCAACAGGCCGAGGUGGCCUUGGACUCGGCCAAGGUUGAGAAGGAGAACCUGCAGAAGACGGUGGAUAAGCUCCGAGCAGAGCUCUCGCAAGCCACGCAGGUGCCGAAUCAGGACGAAGCCGAGCUGGCGCAGCUGCAAGAGCUGCAGCAGGAACUCCAAGGCGCGAAGGAGGCCUCCAGAGUCGAGGCGGAGCACGGCCGCGAGCUGGCGCUGAAGGCGCAGGAGGCCCAGCGACGAGAACUUCAGCUCCAAGAGCAGUUGCAACUCUCUGCCAGCGAGGUCUCGCAACUGAAGGCGCAGGUCUUGGAGCUCGAGGCAGGCUUGGAGCUUGCUAGGGAGGCCGCUCUGCAGGCGGAUGCAGAGGCCAAGCAGAAGCAGGCGGAGAAUGGUGAGCUGGGCCACUCGGCGGCGCAGCUGAUGGCGGCCAAGGUCACUGAACUGGAGGCCAAGCUUCUGGAAGCCGAGAAGCGUGCGCGCCAAGCGCAGGUCCACGAGUCCCCGGACGCCGCCUUGCGAUCCAGGGUCCGGGACCUCGAGCAACAGCUCAGUCGCGCGGAGGAGCGACACAGGAAGCGGCCAGUCGCGCGGCCGAGCGCUUGCAAGAGCAAGCCAUGA